AUGCCCACUAUCACCUCAGGAAAGGUCCUCGUCUCUGGCGCGAAUGGUUACGUCGCUCUCUGGGUCGUACGCUCUCUGCUAGAGCAUGGCUACUCCGUCCGUGCAACCGUCCGCUCUGAGAGCAAGGGCACGCACCUGCGCAAGAUAUUCGCGUCCUACAGUGAAAAGCUCGAGCUCAUCGUCGUCCCCGAUAUCACUGCGGCCGGCGCGUUCGACGAGGCUGUUCAGGGCGUCGAUGCCAUCGAGCACACCGCCUCGCCCUUCCACUUCAAGGCUGAAGAUCCUGAGGAGAUGAACCGUCCCGCUGUGCUGGGCACAACACGCAUGCUCGAGUCUGCGCUUGCACACGGCAAGGCGGUCAAGCGCAUCGUCGUAACCUCGUCCUGCGCCUCGGUCUUCAAUUUCCCCGUCCCCGGCAAGCGGCGCACAUUCUCAGAGGCAGACUGGAACGAUCAAAUGGUCGAAGAUGUGAAGAAAAACGGGCGCAACGCGCACAUGUACAGCAAGUACUGCGCGAGCAAGACUCUCGCGGAGCGCGCCGCCUGGGAGUUUGUCGAGAAGAACAAGGGCAAGAUUGGCUGGGAUCUCGUCGUGCUCAACCCGCCCUACGUUUACGGCCCCAUGCUCCAAGAGGUCAGUUCCCCCGAUGCGCUCAACGAAAGCAUGCAGGAGUGGUACGACGCUGUCGUCAAGAGCGCUCACCCCGUGAAGGAUCUGAGUGAGAUUGGUUCUGAGUGGGUUGAUGUCCGCGACCUCGCUGAGGCACACACCUUGUCGCUCCAGAGGGAAGCGGCCGGCGGCGAGCGCAUCAUUGUCAGCGGUGGCCCAUGGAAGUGGCAAGACUGGGUUAACGCUGCGCGCAAGUUUGGCGCUGAUGUGCCCGAAGGCGACACAUCGUACGAUGCCGCGACCACUGUGCACCUGACGAGAUACGACGCGUCUAAGGCCGCUAGGAUAUUCGGCAUCAAGUACCACACGAUGGACGAGACGACGAAGGACAUUGUUGCCGACCUCAAGUCGCGGGGAUGGAUCAAGGCCUGA